AUGCAGUCGGUGUUCACAGAGAUUGUAGAUGCUGAGGCAGAUUUAAUUACUCUCUCUCUCUCUCUCUCUCUCUCUCCCUCUCUAUCUAUCUAUCUGUCAUUUGAUAUAUUCUAUCUAUCUCUUGAUAUCUAUCUAUAUUUUGACAUCUGCCAGUCUAUCUAUCUAUCUAUCUAUCUCUUGACAUCUGCCAUCUAUCUAUCUCUUGAUAUCUAUCUAUAUUUUGACAUCUGCCAGUCUAUCUAUCUAUCUAUCUAUCUCUUGACAUCUGCCAUCUAUCUAUCUAUCUAUCUAUCUAUCUAUCGACAUCUGCCAGUCUAUCUAUCUAUCUAUCUAUCUAUCUAUCGACAUCUGCCAGUCUAUCUAUCUAUCUAUCUAUCUAUCUAUCGACAUCUGCCAGUCUAUCUAUCUAUCUAUCUAUCUAUCUAUCUCUUGACAUCUGCCAGUCUAUCUAUCUAUCUAUCUAUCUAUCUAUCUCUUGACAUCUGCCAGUCUAUCUAUCUAUCUCUUGAUAUCUACCAAUCUAUCUAUCUUUUGAUAUCUGCCAUCUAUCUAUCUAUCUAUCUAUCUAUCUAUCUCUUGACAUCUGCCAUCUAUCUAUCUCUUGAUAUCUAUCUAUCUCUUGAUAUCUACCAAUCUAUCUAUCUCUUGAUAUCUACCAAUCUAUCUAUCUAUCUAUCUAUCUAUCUAUCUAUCUAUUGA